UUCCGCGCCCGGAGCCAGCGGCGGCGGCAGCGGCUGAGGCGGCUGCGGGAGCGGAGUGGUCGCCCAGCGCGCGGGGGGACGCGGGCUGCACUCCCGGGCAGGCGCUCUGCAAUGAGACAGUAAAUGCAUCCCCCGGUGCUGGGCUACCUGACUGAUAGCAGGGACUGAAGGAGGGCAGUUCUUGAAGAGUUACCCAGAUCCAGCUGCUUAUCUGCCCCUGGCCAUGGUUUAUGUUGCUGACUGAUUGCACCAGCUGCUGAGAGGUGGUUUUAAGUAGUGUGCUGCAGGAGGCUUCUCACAUGCUUCAGGAUAUAUUCAGGGAAAUCCACUCUUAAUAGAAACUGAGAAUUUAAGGAGCUGAGAGGACGCAGGGAACUGAGGCUGUCUUUAGGACUCGGUCAUAGGUGCCCAAGGCUCUCUGCCUCUUGCCUCGAGGACAUUAACUCUGGAAAUUCCACUCCCAGGACCUUUUCUCGGAAACCCCAAGGAGGGGAACUACUCAGAGGCAGACAUUCUAAGUGAGACUGUCCGCAUCAUCUAGGAAAAUGGUGGCCCUGUCCUUAAAGAUUUGUGUCCGCCACUGCAACGUGGUGAAGACCAUGCAGUUUGAACCAUCUACAGCUGUGUAUGAUGCGUGUCGAGUCAUUCGGGAACGGGUACCUGAGGCACAAACUGGGCAAGCUUCUGACUAUGGACUGUUUCUUUCGGAUGAAGACCCCAGGAAAGGGAUCUGGCUGGAAGCGGGCAGAACACUGGAUUACUACAUGUUGCGGAAUGGGGAUAUUUUGGAAUAUAAAAAGAAACAGAGACCUCAGAAAAUCCGGAUGCUGGAUGGAUCUGUGAAGACGGUGAUGGUGGAUGAUUCCAAGACUGUGGGGGAGCUCCUGGUCACUAUUUGUAGCAGAAUAGGAAUAACAAAUUAUGAAGAAUACUCCUUAAUCCAAGAAACUAUUGAUGAAAAGAAAGAGGAAGGAACGGGCACACUCAAAAAAGACAGGACACUGUUACGAGAUGAGAGGAAAAUGGAGAAGUUGAAGGCCAAGCUGCACACAGAUGAUGACCUAAAUUGGCUGGAUCACAGCCGAACAUUCAGAGAACAAGGAGUAGAUGAAAACGAAACGUUGCUGCUUAGACGGAAGUUCUUUUACUCUGAUCAGAAUGUAGAUUCGAGAGACCCUGUGCAGCUGAACUUGCUUUAUGUUCAGGCUCGGGAUGACAUCCUGAAUGGCUCUCACCCUGUCUCCUUUGAGAAAGCUUGUGAGUUUGGUGGAUUUCAAGCCCAGAUACAGUUUGGACCUCAUGUGGAACACAAACAUAAACCUGGAUUUUUAGAUCUGAAGGAAUUCCUGCCCAAAGAAUAUAUCAAGCAGAGAGGAGCUGAAAAGAGGAUCUUUCAGGAGCAUAAGAACUGCGGAGAGAUGAGUGAGAUAGAAGCCAAGGUCAAGUACGUCAAACUUGCACGGUCCCUCCGCACAUAUGGUGUGUCCUUCUUCCUGGUGAAGGAAAAGAUGAAAGGCAAGAACAAGCUGGUGCCUCGCCUGCUGGGGAUCACCAAAGACUCGGUGAUGCGCGUGGAUGAAAAGACCAAGGAGGUGCUGCAGGAGUGGCCCCUCACCACCGUCAAGCGCUGGGCAGCCUCACCCAAGAGCUUCACACUGGAUUUUGGGGAGUAUCAGGAAAGCUACUAUUCAGUACAAACCACCGAGGGAGAGCAGAUAUCCCAGCUGAUUGCAGGCUACAUUGACAUCAUCCUGAAAAAGAAACAAAGUAAAGAUCGAUUUGGACUAGAAGGUGAUGAGGAGUCAACCAUGUUAGAAGAGUCCGUUUCCCCGAAAAAGUCCACCAUCUUGCAGCAGCAGUUCAACCGGACCGGGAAGGCAGAGCAUGGCUCAGUGGCGCUGCCGGCCGUGAUGCGCUCGGGCUCCAGCGGGCCUGAGACCUUCAACGUUGGCAGCAUGCCUUCGCCACAGCAGCAGGUCAUGGUUGGGCAGAUGCACCGAGGCCACAUGCCGCCACUGACCUCAGCCCAGCAGGCCCUGAUGGGGACGAUCAACACAAGCAUGCAUGCCGUCCAGCAGGCCCAGGAUGACCUCAGUGAGCUCGACUCGCUGCCACCUCUCGGCCAGGAUAUGGCAUCUAGGGUAUGGGUUCAGAACAAAGUCGAUGAAUCCAAACACGAAAUCCAUUCUCAAGUUGAUGCUAUCACGGCCGGAACGGCUUCGGUUGUUAACCUCACGGCGGGUGACCCUGCAGACACUGACUACACAGCUGUGGGAUGUGCAAUCACCACUAUUUCUUCCAACCUGACGGAGAUGUCCAAGGGUGUGAAGCUACUGGCCGCCCUCAUGGAUGAUGAGGUGGGCAGCGGGGAGGACUUGCUCAGAGCUGCCAGGACCCUCGCUGGGGCAGUGUCAGACUUGCUGAAAGCUGUGCAGCCUACUUCUGGAGAGCCUCGACAGACAGUUUUGACUGCUGCUGGCAGCAUCGGACAAGCCAGUGGGGAUCUUCUGAGACAGAUUGGAGAGAAUGAGACUGAUGAGCGAUUCCAGGAUGUUUUAAUGAGUUUGGCCAAAGCUGUUGCCAAUGCAGCUGCCAUGUUGGUACUAAAGGCAAAGAAUGUUGCCCAAGUGGCCGAAGAUACUGUCCUACAGAACAGGGUAAUUGCCGCUGCCACCCAGUGUGCCCUCUCCACCUCCCAGCUUGUGGCAUGUGCCAAGGUUGUGAGCCCCACUAUCAGCUCCCCUGUGUGCCAGGAGCAGCUGAUUGAAGCAGGGAAGCUGGUGGACCGCUCAGUGGAGAACUGCGUCCGUGCCUGCCAAGCGGCCACCACCGACAGUGAGCUCCUGAAGCAGGUCAGCGCAGCGGCCAGCGUGGUCAGCCAGGCCCUCCAUGAUCUCCUGCAGCAUGUGCGGCAGUUUGCCAGCCGAGGCGAGCCAAUCGGCCGCUACGACCAGGCCACCGACACCAUCAUGUGUGUCACUGAGAGCAUCUUCAGCUCCAUGGGUGAUGCCGGUGAAAUGGUGCGCCAGGCGCGGGUCCUGGCCCAAGCCACAUCAGACCUCGUCAAUGCCAUGAGGUCAGAUGCAGAAGCCGAAAUCGACAUGGAGAAUUCGAAGAAGCUCCUGGCAGCAGCAAAACUCUUAGCCGACUCCACUGCUCGCAUGGUGGAAGCUGCAAAGGGGGCUGCAGCCAACCCGGAGAAUGAGGACCAGCAGCAAAGGCUGAGAGAAGCUGCAGAAGGCCUCCGGGUAGCAACCAACGCAGCUGCCCAGAAUGCUAUUAAGAAAAAAAUUGUCAACCGACUGGAGGUUGCAGCCAAGCAGGCCGCAGCAGCAGCCACACAGACCAUUGCCGCCUCCCAGAAUGCAGCUGUUUCCAACAAGAACCCUGCGGCCCAGCAGCAGCUGGUUCAGAGUUGCAAGGCAGUGGCUGAUCACAUCCCUCAACUGGUCCAGGGAGUGAGGGGGAGCCAAGCUCAAACCGAAGACCUGAGUGCCCAGCUGGCUCUCAUCAUCUCCAGCCAGAACUUCCUCCAGCCUGGAAGCAAGAUGGUGUCCUCUGCCAAAGCCGCAGUGCCCACCGUGAGUGACCAGGCCGCAGCCAUGCAGCUGAGCCAGUGUGCCAAGAACCUGGCCACCAGCUUGGCGGAGCUGCGUACCGCCUCGCAGAAGGCCCAUGAGGCCUGUGGUCCGAUGGAAAUCGAUUCAGCUCUGAAUACUGUGCAGACGCUUAAGAAUGAACUGCAGGAUGCCAAGAUGGCGGCCGUGGAGAGCCAGCUGAAGCCACUUCCAGGCGAAACGCUGGAAAAAUGUGCUCAGGACCUGGGAAGCACAUCCAAGGCAGUGGGCUCCUCCAUGGCACAGCUGCUGACCUGUGCUGCUCAAGGCAACGAACACUACACAGGGGUGGCUGCUAGAGAGACGGCCCAAGCUCUGAAAACGCUGGCCCAGGCCGCCCGUGGAGUGGCUGCAUCGACGACCGACCCCGCGGCUGCCCAUGCCAUGUUAGAUUCUGCUCGAGAUGUGAUGGAGGGCUCCGCCAUGCUCAUUCAAGAGGCCAAGCAGGCCCUGAUUGCACCUGGAGACGCAGAGAGUCAACAAAGACUGGCUCAGGUGGCUAAAGCCGUCUCUCACUCCUUGAAUAACUGCGUAAAUUGCCUCCCUGGGCAGAAGGAUGUGGACGUGGCCUUGAAGAGCAUCGGGGAGUCCAGCAAGAAGCUGCUUGUGGAUUCGCUACCUCCAAGCACGAAGCCUUUCCAGGAAGCCCAGAGUGAACUGAACCAGGCAGCAGCUGAUCUGAACCAGUCUGCUGGGGAAGUUGUCCAUGCCACCCGGGGCCAGAGUGGAGAGUUGGCUGCAGCCUCUGGAAAGUUCAGCGAUGAUUUUGAUGAAUUCCUCGAUGCUGGCAUUGAGAUGGCUGGCCAAGCUCAGACAAAAGAAGACCAGAUCCAAGUGAUAGGAAACCUCAAGAAUAUCUCGAUGGCAUCCAGCAAGCUGCUGUUAGCUGCCAAAUCUCUCUCUGUAGAUCCAGGAGCUCCCAACGCAAAAAAUCUCCUGGCUGCAGCUGCAAGAGCUGUGACAGAGAGCAUCAAUCAACUCAUCACUCUGUGUACCCAACAAGCUCCGGGCCAGAAAGAGUGCGAUAAUGCCCUGCGGGAGCUCGAGACUGUGAAGGGGAUGUUGGACAAUCCUAAUGAACCUGUUAGUGACCUCUCUUACUUUGACUGCAUUGAGAGUGUGAUGGAAAACUCCAAGGUUCUGGGUGAAUCGAUGGCAGGGAUUUCACAGAAUGCCAAGACUGGGGACCUCCCUGCCUUUGGGGAAUGUGUGGGGAUUGCAUCCAAGGCUCUCUGUGGACUGACAGAGGCCGCAGCCCAGGCUGCAUACUUGGUUGGCAUCUCUGAUCCAAACAGCCAGGCAGGCCACCAGGGCCUAGUGGACCCCAUCCAGUUUGCCAGGGCUAACCAGGCCAUCCAGAUGGCAUGCCAGAACUUGGUGGACCCUGGCAGCAGCCCAUCACAGGUCCUGUCAGCUGCCACCAUUGUUGCCAAGCACACAUCAGCCUUGUGCAAUGCCUGCCGCAUCGCCUCAUCCAAGACGGCCAACCCAGUAGCCAAGAGGCACUUUGUCCAGUCAGCCAAGGAAGUCGCCAACAGCACUGCCAACCUGGUGAAGACCAUCAAGGCCCUGGAUGGGGAUUUCUCUGAAGAAAACCGCAGUAAGUGUCGCAUGGCCACCGCACCCUUGAUUGAAGCUGUGGAGAACCUGACGGCGUUCGCCUCGAACCCUGAGUUUGUCAGCAUUCCCGCCCAGAUCAGCUCCGAGGGUUCCCAGGCACAGGAACCAAUCCUGGUUUCAGCCAAGACCAUGCUGGAGAGUUCAUCGUACCUCAUUCGCACUGCACGCUCUCUGGCCAUCAACCCCAAAGACCCACCCACCUGGUCUGUGCUGGCUGGACAUUCCCAUACAGUGUCCGACUCCAUCAAGAGCCUCAUCACUUCUAUCAGGGACAAGGCCCCUGGACAGAGGGAGUGUGAUUACUCCAUCGAUGGCAUCAACCGGUGCAUCCGGGACAUCGAGCAGGCCUCGCUGGCUGCUGUCAGCCAGAGCCUGGCCACAAGGGACGACAUCUCUGUGGAGGCCCUGCAGGAGCAGCUGACUUCGGUGGUCCAGGAAAUCGGGCACCUUAUUGAUCCCAUCGCCACAGCGGCUCGGGGAGAAGCAGCUCAGCUGGGACAUAAGGUGACACAACUGGCAAGCUAUUUUGAGCCCUUGAUCUUAGCCGCAGUCGGUGUGGCCUCCAAGAUUCUUGACCAUCAGCAGCAGAUGACGGUGCUGGACCAGACCAAGACGCUCGCAGAGUCUGCCUUGCAGAUGUUGUACGCAGCCAAAGAAGGUGGCGGAAACCCCAAGGCGCAGCACACCCAUGACGCCAUCACAGAGGCCGCCCAGCUGAUGAAGGAAGCGGUGGACGACAUCAUGGUGACGCUGAACGAAGCUGCCAGUGAAGUGGGGCUGGUUGGGGGCAUGGUGGACGCCAUUGCAGAGGCUAUGAGCAAGCUGGAUGAAGGCACUCCUCCAGAACCAAAGGGAACAUUUGUCGACUAUCAGACAACUGUGGUUAAAUACUCCAAAGCCAUUGCGGUGACAGCUCAGGAAAUGAUGACUAAGUCGGUUACUAACCCGGAGGAGUUGGGAGGACUGGCUUCACAAAUGACCAGUGACUAUGGGCACCUGGCUUUCCAGGGCCAGAUGGCAGCAGCCACGGCGGAACCAGAGGAGAUCGGAUUCCAGAUUCGCACUCGUGUGCAGGACCUGGGCCACGGCUGUAUCUUCCUGGUGCAGAAGGCAGGGGCCCUCCAGGUCUGCCCCACAGACAGCUACACCAAGAGGGAGCUGAUCGAGUGCGCCCGCGCCGUCACGGAGAAGGUCUCCUUGGUGCUCUCAGCUCUGCAGGCCGGGAACAAAGGAACCCAGGCAUGCAUUACAGCUGCCACCGCUGUGUCUGGGAUCAUUGCCGACCUGGACACCACCAUUAUGUUUGCAACAGCGGGGACGCUAAAUGCAGAGAACAGUGAGACCUUCGCAGACCACAGGGAGAACAUUCUCAAGACAGCCAAGGCCUUGGUGGAAGACACGAAACUACUUGUGUCAGGAGCUGCGUCCACUCCUGACAAGCUGGCCCAGGCGGCCCAGUCCUCAGCAGCCACCAUCACCCAGCUCGCAGAAGUGGUCAAGCUGGGGGCCGCCAGCCUGGGCUCCGACGAUCCCGAGACCCAGGUGGUUUUGAUCAACGCCAUCAAAGAUGUAGCCAAGGCCCUUUCCGAUCUCAUCAGUGCUACCAAGGGAGCUGCCAGCAAGCCAGCGGACGACCCUUCCAUGUACCAGCUCAAGGGGGCUGCCAAGGUGAUGGUGACUAAUGUCACCUCCCUCCUCAAGACUGUAAAGGCGGUGGAGGAUGAGGCCACCCGGGGCACCAGGGCGCUUGAGGCCACAAUCGAAUGCAUAAAGCAGGAGCUUACGUUGUUCCAGUCAAAAGAUGUACCUGAAAAGACAUCAUCACCUGAAGAAUCCAUAAGGAUGACGAAAGGCAUCACCAUGGCAACAACCAAAGCCGUGGCAGCUGGAAACUCGUGUAGACAGGAGGACGUGAUUGCUACUGCCAACCUGAGCCGGAAAGCCGUGUCAGAUAUGUUGACGGCUUGCAAGCAAGCAUCCUUCCACCCCGAUGUCAGUGACGAGGUGAGAACCAGAGCCUUGCGUUUCGGGACGGAGUGUACCCUCGGCUACUUGGACCUCCUGGAGCACGUCUUGGUGAUUCUUCAGAAACCAACCCCAGAACUCAAGCAGCAGCUGGCUGCUUUCUCCAAGCGAGUGGCCGGUGCUGUGACGGAGCUCAUCCAGGCGGCGGAAGCCAUGAAAGGAACAGAGUGGGUGGAUCCAGAAGACCCAACUGUCAUUGCAGAAACAGAGUUACUGGGGGCUGCAGCAUCCAUCGAAGCUGCUGCUAAGAAGUUAGAGCAACUGAAGCCAAGAGCAAAACCAAAACAAGCAGAUGAGACCCUGGACUUUGAGGAACAGAUCUUGGAAGCUGCUAAAUCCAUUGCUGCUGCCACAAGCGCCCUGGUCAAAUCGGCCUCAGCAGCCCAGAGGGAGCUGGUGGCCCAAGGAAAGGUGGGCUCCAUCCCUGCCAAUGCUGCAGACGACGGACAGUGGUCACAGGGGCUGAUUUCUGCUGCCCGGAUGGUGGCGGCUGCGACCAGCAGUCUCUGUGAGGCGGCCAAUGCCUCUGUUCAGGGACACGCCAGUGAGGAGAAGCUCAUCUCAUCUGCCAAGCAGGUCGCCGCUUCCACGGCUCAGCUGCUGGUGGCCUGCAAGGUGAAGGCCGACCAGGAUUCAGAGGCCAUGAGGCGGCUACAGGCGGCAGGAAAUGCUGUGAAAAGAGCCUCAGACAAUCUUGUCCGUGCAGCCCAGAAGGCAGCAUUUGGCAAAGCUGAUGAUGAUGAUGUUGUCGUGAAAACCAAGUUUGUGGGGGGCAUUGCUCAGAUCAUCGCUGCCCAGGAAGAAAUGCUAAAGAAAGAGCGAGAACUGGAAGAAGCAAGGAAAAAACUGGCCCAAAUCCGCCAGCAGCAAUAUAAGUUUUUACCCACCGAGCUGAGGGAAGAUGAGGGCUAAGGUGCGCGCCCAGAUGGCGAGUCCCAAGGGAUGGCCCUGGCUGAACUGGACAGUGUUCCUGAGAGGCUGAGCACUUACCUGGAAACUGCCCACCUCCCCCCGGGGUGAGCCUGGAGCCCUGCGUGCUUGUUCGCACAUCUCUGUCCCGUCAGCACCGGCUGCAUGAUCGUGAUGUCACACGGUACAAUGUCCUACCCACAGCUCCUCUGCCGCCUCCCCUCCUGCCUGUGUCUCAGGAGAGAGGGGUGCACGUUUCGUGGACUGUUACCAACAAAGAAAAGUCAGUAUUAUGUCGUUCUCAGACACGUUUGCUUUUGUUGGUCCUUCUCUUAGGCCUGCUCCUGGACCUCUUUGUGAUACCGUAAUGGGGAAAAAAUCAUUGAUAUCAUAGAAUAUUCUUCUUCCUCUCAGGAGAAGAUGGAAGCUGGAGUUGGACAUGGUUCAUAAAAGCCAGAAACAAACCCGUGUGGACUCCGGGAGGGUGACUGAGGCCCUCCUUCCAUGUCUUGAGCACUGGCUCACCCAGGGGGUGAAAAAUUCCCGCUCCUGUUUGCACGCUUUCUUGCCUCCGUGUGUAAGCUCCUUGUACAACCUAGACCCAUCUUGUAUUUUGUGGCUCAGAAAACUGAACAAUUAUUUUUUCCCUCCAUAGUCCAAAGGGCAGAGUUGUGGGAGGCCGUCCGGGCUUGGUGAGCAGGGGCUAUAAUAAAAUCUGUGGGCUCCUUCCUCUGCAGAGGCUGUUUCAGUUCAUACAGAGUCAUCCACACAAACCCACGGCUCCCAUUUGACAGUCAGUGGAACGCUCAUCUCCUGAGUGUCCAGGGUGGGGAUUCUGCUGGCAUAAAGAGCUUCCUCAGUGAGUCAUCUUUAGGUCCCACGCUGGUUUCUAUGCCUUCAGAAUGGUCACAAGCCCGGAUUGGAAAGCAUCUGCUUACAAACCUAUCACCUGCCUUCCAACCCAAGACGCCUUUUUUUCUGUCUUGAUAUCUAGAAAAUCUAAAUGCAUCCUAAAAUCAAUGUGAACCUUUAACAAGAUAGUUUUACUUAUUAUCACAUAAGUGAAGACAUAAGAUCUUUUCAGAGUUCAUUUUCUGGAUGUCACAUGUCCACAAUUUUGUAUUUUUCCCCUCUUUUCUUUCCCCUUUUCUUUUCAGAGCCCUCCCAUGGGAAGGGCACCGGAAGACCUUGAAUUUACCCUUAAUCUGCGCCUUUAGCCAAGGCAGUGCAUGGAAGAUGAAUGGCUUGACAGAGUCUAAUGCCAGGGAGCAAGAGUGUCUGAAAGAAUUCACAGUGGGGGAGGUAAAAGUUAACGGAAGUACAUGAUUUACAAAACUGGUAACAGUUAAAGGCACUCACCCUCUGCCUCUCUUUCUGGUGUGCUGUCGUGUCUCAGACUCCAUCCACACUAUAGUUUCAAAGUUCCACCAACGGGGGAAAGUGGGUGCUUUGGUCCUUCAAAGAUGUCACCUUUCGACCUUGCCUGAUGAUCUUGUUUCACCAGAUUCUAGCCCAUGUCAUGGUUUUAAAAUAUAUAAACUUCUGACAGCUUCCCGUAAGUUACUUGUAAGUGCUUGCACGUAUUAGAAUUUUUUUUCAGACCAGUGAAGUUAGAGAAAAGAUACUGUAAAGGAAAAGCAAGUGAGAGAGAGUGUGUAGGACACUGACAGUGUGUGGGUACCAGUUCUGAAGAGGAGGGGAGCUGCUAGAGCCCUAGCCUCUUGGGGAAAAGCUGGCACACCCUUGGCUCACCCUCUUUAAGUGGAGCUGAUCCAACACCUUAUGCCUGCCCUGGCUGGACACUGAGAGGAGGGGCACACGUGCUUCCAGAGACCCUCAGAAGUCAGACCCCAAUGCUCAGAGUCACCAUGUGUUAAUGGCCUCCUGUAACAGGGCUCUGGGGAGCCCCUCUGUGGCCCAGCCCACCCCACCCUCUGCUCUUCUAUGCUAUGCCCAGGGCAGCUGCCCUCUUCCGCCUAUCCCCCGUCACAUCCUGGAACCCCAGGACCGAGGCAGGGGCAGGCGGUGAGUUCUCCCACCCUGCCUCAGAGUUGUUUAAAACCUUUACUGCAUUUGAUACCAGAAAAACCUCCAGAGACAAACCAAAUGCAAAGGCCUGUCCUUUACAACUCUAAAGAACAGGCGUCGAAGAAAGUUUAUUUUUGUAGGAGCUGUAUAAAUACUCACCUUUCUGGAGUCGUCCAGUGCUGGGAGCUCUGGGGAGUUUGGUUCUCAGUUAUCACCUGGUGUGGUCCCAGUUUCUCAUCUGUCCUUUCCUCAUCCACCCUGCUUAUGUGUAUGUGAAUGGCCUUGUGGCCAGCGUGGUGGUUUCUCAGUUCAUAAGAUGGUUGAAGGGCCAUGCCUUGUCUGGGUGUUAUUUAAUAAGCAUUACCGCAGUGUCCUCAGUUGGCACUGAGGGGGCCUUCUGGUUCUUCAAAGGAAAAUCAAUAACACAGGCAUGAGUUCAUUUGGGAGUGUGAACUUCCAGAGCAUCUAGUAAGGGAGUGGUGUCGGCGUAAAAAUGGUCCCAGGUCUGGAGCAUAGAAAUGUGUCUCUGUGAAGAGGGAGUAGGUGUGUGGAUGUGUUUCUUCUCACGCCCCUCUGCUCCUUGAGGGCUUUUUGAAUCCUUGGGCUGAUUUUUUGUGCCAGAAAUUGCUGUUCCUGAUGGCCAAAAGGGGAACUGAAGUGGAUUUCAGAACUGCCCAGUGACUUGAAAAUUUGGAUUUUACUUGGUUCUGCCUUUCAGAAGUCUUUAGAUAGGGAAGCUAAGGUCAUGUUUGGUGAAAUGAACAGCCCUUGUUUAAAUUUUGCCGGUGUCCAGCCAGCUGUGGCCCUGGCCGUCUGUGCAGGCAGGUUCCUCAAUUCCUGGUUGGCCCUGCAGUCGGUCAUCGCAGUCCCUCCAGGUCGGCUGCAGAGGCAGCUGCCCAGCCUGCAAUCUGUGCAUGGGCCUUAAGAAGUGAGCUGCCUGUAACCUCAUGGCACACGCUUUUAUCAGGGAAAACGCUUUGAGCUUCUCCUGGGUCUCACCUGCUUGCUUUCCGGCUGUCUUAGUCAGUACGUUCACAGGCAACUAAAGCCUGUUCCUAAUUCAUCAAAAAUUAUAACCAAAAUUCACCAUAGCCUGAGAGUAAACCCCACCUCCAAAGUGAUGCCAAGGCCAGCAACACCUCAUGAAGCAACCAGACACAGGUCAGAAGUGGUGAGCAAGCCAUGGGCUCUGCUCCUGGGGAACUCGCAGGCUGCUCCCUGCGGAGCCUUGGUUUCCUCCCUGGCAGGUAGUCGCCAGAAUCUUCUCUCCCAGCUUUCAGGUUCUGGGCUCCGGAAAGGCUUCUGGGAUCCUGGCCUUAAGACCCCCAGCACAGACUAUCUGCAUGUUCCAUUCUCAGAUUCCUGAAGGAAAGGUACCCUCCGUUGACCGAGGGGCUGGCUGCUUCUGAGACUUACCAAACCCAAGAAAUUUGGAGACGUUCACCUCAGGCUAAAAGGCAGUGGUCCCCAGAGUUCAGAAAGCAAAAGACCUUGACAACUGUGCUAGUAGUGGCUCUGGUCCUCUCUCUCCACAGUGCUGGCCUCUGCUGGGGAAGGCAUCUUUCCCAAAGGUAUCCCCAAGUACCAUGUUGAAAAUGUCCUCAGUCUGUUGCUCCAUCUUUCUGAGCCUGUGCUUGGUAUGUUAUGUUUAUGGUCAUUACGGAUGACUCUGUGCAGAGCUUCGGUUUUUUCUUUUUAAGCUACAAAGAAGAACUAUUUCUUCUCAAUAAAAAAGGUUUGGAUUCGGCCUCUUCCUCUGAGCCCACCUCCCAGCCCUCCAGGGAGCAUCAAUGUACCUGAGUCACUUUAUCUGCAUCUCUUCAUCCCACAAAACACGAGGCUGGGUCUCAUUCAGCUGCCUCUCACCAGCCUUCAAGAUCCAGAAGAAAACAGGAACGUUCAGCUCUGCCCUGUGUCCUGUCUAAUCACAUACAUUAAUUUAUCUAACCACAUAAGUUAUUUUUUUUAUUUGCCAGAAAUAAACCUUUAAAGGAACAAA